CAUGCGCAUACAUGCAUGACACGUGACGAGAAGCAGUCACGGCAAGAACCGCGCGUGCGAUCUACGCGUCUACGGCGGCUUCAGUUUAGACUAUUUUCCGAUGAGGGACGCGUAGCAUGUGAGCUGCCUCAGUGUUUGUAACGUGUCGACGAUCCGUCUGCGUUUCCGUCAUGAACGGUGAUGUCUGGUAUUCGAAAAACUUUCGGUUAUUAGUGCGCUCGUGACAGUACGCGACUUGGGUGGUUAGUGAUCUCUGACUUAUCGUGACAUUUCCUUCCGUCCUUCCGUCGAUUUUCAGAAGCCUCACAUUUUCUAUUAGGGGCGUACUUUUAGGAACAGUAGCUGCAGGUACAAUCUGAAUCGGUUGAAAUGACGAUUAAGAAGAUUUGCGGUAUCGGGGCCGGAUACGUGGGCGGUCCAACUUGCAGCGUGAUUGCCCUAAAGUGUCCGGAGAUUCAGGUGACCGUAGUGGACAAAAGUAAAGAGAGGAUCGCCCAAUGGAAUUCGGAGAAGUUACCGAUUUACGAGCCCGGCUUGGAUGACGUGGUUCGAAAGUGUCGCGGUAAAAAUUUGUACUUCUCCACGAACAUCGAGACAGCGAUUCAGGAAGCGGAUCUGAUAUUUAUCUCCGUGAACACGCCAACGAAAACGUUCGGUAACGGUAAAGGAAGGGCGGCAGAUUUGAAGUACGUCGAGAGUGCGGCCAGAAUGAUCGCGGAAAUUGCAACCGGGGACAAAAUCGUUGUGGAGAAGAGCACGGUACCAGUAAGAGCGGCCGAGAGUAUUAUGAAUAUUUUACGUGCCAAUCAUAAGCCAGGCGUAUCGUAUCAGAUUCUCUCUAAUCCAGAAUUCUUAGCCGAGGGAACAGCUAUCAAAGAUUUAGUGAACGCGGAGCGCGUUUUAAUCGGUGGCGAAGACUCGCCCGAAGGACAAGCGGCUAUAGAGGAAUUAAGCAAGGUUUACGAGCAUUGGAUCCCAAGGAAAAAUAUUUUAACCACGAACACUUGGAGUUCCGAAUUGUCGAAGCUGGCUGCCAAUGCCUUUCUGGCACAGCGUAUAUCGAGCAUAAAUUCUCUGUCAGCGGUGUGCGAAGCGACCGGUGCAGAUGUGUCCGAGGUAGCUCGAGCGGUUGGCCUUGACUCUCGAAUAGGAUCAAAGUUCCUUCAUGCGUCGGUCGGGUUCGGCGGUUCUUGCUUUCAAAAGGACAUUCUUAAUUUAGUGUAUAUCUGCGAAUGCCUAAAUCUACCUGAAGUAGCCGCCUACUGGCAACAGGUCAUAGACAUGAACGAAUACCAAAAAUCAAGGUUCUCCGCGAAAGUAAUAGAAUCAUUGUUCAAUACCGUUACGGACAAGAAGAUUUCUAUGCUGGGCUUUGCAUUCAAGAAAAAUACCGGCGACACGCGUGAGUCACCGGCCAUUCACGUUGCUAAGACCUUACUGGACGAGGGUGCCAUGCUUCAUAUAUACGAUCCUAAGGUCGAAGAGACGCAAAUUAUGGAGGAUUUAAUGCAUCCGAGUAUAACGAGCAAUCCUCAACACGUGAAAAACAGGAUCAGUAUUUAUAAAGACGCUUAUAGUGCUACAAGAGGCACGCAUGCUAUUGUUGUGUGUACCGAAUGGGACGAAUUUAUCGAGUUGGACUAUGAACAAAUUUAUCUUAGUAUGAUGAAACCAGCGUAUAUUUUCGAUGGACGAAAAAUCUUAGAUCACGAUAGCUUACAAAAGAUUGGUUUUAUUGUUCAAACUAUUGGUAAAAGAAUUACAAGGACCGUACUUUCCAGAGCAUGGGGAAGCCAAACUCAGAUAUAAAUGAAAUUGUAUGGGAUACCAUGAUAAACUGGAAUCAUUUAAUUUGUUAAAUGUUCUUAAACGCUAGAAGUAUUUUUCGUAAAUCUUAAAAGUCAGAAACUUUCAAAUCUUUCUUUUCUUUCAGUAUAUUUUUUUAUCUCUUAAAUUGGUAUGAGAAGCAAACGAACAAGAUUUUCGUUUUAAAUAUCCUCGACAAUAUAUCCUCGAAACAUAGAUUAUAGAUUUAAAAGGUUUUAGAAGUAAAAUACUUGAACAAAUUUUUUGAUGAAACUCAAAGUAUAAAUAUUGGAAGACGAACAUGUCUUUUGUAUGUCUGUGACACACGUCAGUUAUCAUCAAUUUUUGCAAUAACGAAUAACGUUGUAUCAAAUGUUUAUAUAACUUUUUUACAUAACUUGAUAUGUAACGAACGCAAGUAUUAUUUCUACAAGUUUGUUUUCAUUAGAUAUAAAUUUUUAAAUUGUAUAUUUAUUCUUUGUGGGCAUUUACGUGAGAUGACGUCAAAAGAAAAAAAUACAUAACGGAAGAUCAGAUGUUUUGUCAUUUAAGUGCAAUAUCAUUAAUGCACAAAACAUUUUACGAGUAUAAUAUUUUUAAUACGGUACAUUCCUGCAAAAAAUGUACUUGCAUAUAGCUGUUUGCAUUUGUUAAAGAAAUUGAUAAGUAUUCUUAUGCGAUUCAUUAUCAUAAUUUAAUUUUUAUUGCAUUCUGGACAAAAUUUUUUAUCGUUUCCUGAUUUAACUAUAAAUAUUAAGUCUAAGUGAUUUGUUCCAAAUGUUUCUACUAUCGGUUAAAAUGUAAAAAAGAGUUUUAUAAAAUGGACGAUCUAGUAGAAAAUAUUUUAAUUUCUAAAAUAUAUUUUUAUUUGUUACAGUAGUAACAUUAGGAACGAACGAAAGUAUAGCAAUAAUGUUAAUGUUAUAUUUGGUAUAUCGUAUGAAUAUGUCAUGCAGAACAUGCCAAUUAAUAAGAACAAUCCUUAAAGGUUACUGAUUAUAUCUUUCAUAAUAAUGACCUAUAAAGUAAUUUUCAUUGUAUGUAAUUACAAUGAUAAUUUAAUACAAUUCAUUUUAUG